CAUACCUAUACAAUCACCAGUCAGUUGACUUAAUUGCGAGAACACGAGCGCAGAGAGGGGCAAAGAUGACUCUGUGCCUUAGGAACUUAAUCAUUUUAUUAUUCAAUUUGUAUUUAUCAGUAUCAGAAACUUUUGCCGAAGAUAUUUUGGGAUGUGGCGGAUUUAUCAAAAGUCACGUGCCCAUUGAUUUUGCCAAAGUUCACAUAAAAUUGUAUACCAAGGCUGGAAGCCUGAAAGAUGAAACAGAAUGUGCUCCAAAUAAUGGGUACUACUUUUUACCUCUGUACGAUAAAGGGGAAUACGUACUGAAGGUUGAGCCACCGAGAGGAUGGAGUUUUGAACCAACGUCAGUCACUCUGCAUGUUGACGGCUCUACAGAUUUGUGUAGCUCAGGAAAAGACAUAAACUUCACUUUCAAAGGCUUCGGAAUCACAGGAAAGGUUACAAGCCAUGGCACUAGUUCUGGACCAAAGGGAGUCACAGUCUCUUUAUACACAGACAAAAAUAGAGAAUCUCCGGUUGACACAACAAUAACUGCUCAUGGAGGUACAUUUUACUUCACACCAAUUCAACCCGGCAAGUAUGUUCUCAUAGCAUCGCAUCCAAGGUGGAUAAUUGAGAAAUCCAAACUUGAUGUUACUGUUAGAGAGGGAAAUACAGAACUGGCUGAUAAUAGCUUAGUAGUCGCUGGGUACGAUGUAAGUGGACGAGUUACCAGUGAAGAUGAACCAAUGAAAGGAGUGUCUUUUAUUCUGUUUGGGAAUGGACAAGCGAGAAACUGCGAAACCACACCAAUUAAAGGGUUUGAAUCUAACAAACCGCUAUGCCAUGUUCUCUCCGACAAAACUGGGCGUUUCACUUUUUCUUCUCUUGCCCCUGGAGAGUAUCGUCUUGUGCCACACUAUGCUGGUGCUCAAACAAAGUUUGAUGUUCAGCCGAUGGAAUUAGCUUUCAAAGUUCACCACGAGAGUCUGAUUCUCCCUCAAGACUUUAAGAUAACUGGUUUCACGAUAAGUGGGGCUGUACAUGCGUCAAUGCAAGGUGGCGGAUUAGAGGGGGCUAAAAUUUACUUAAACAAAAAACUCGCUGCAAUAACAAACAAGGAUGGCUCUUACAGAGUUGACAACAUGAAGGCUGGACAGUAUUCAUUCAAAAUUGAAGCAGAUGAUGUACAAUUCGAGGAGAAAAAUGUGAAGAUAUCACCAAACUCUACAGAAUUACCGCCUUCAGCGCCUUCGUCUUACAAAGUUUGUGGGAGGGUGACUUUGUCGGCCAAAGAUACGCUGCAUCAUCGGAAGGUUGCUGUACAAAAAGUUGCUUCCACAUUCCACAGUGAAAUUGAAACUGAUCCUAAGACAGGAGAAUUUUGCUUAUAUCUUGCCCGUGGCAAAUAUCAAUUGAGUGUUUUUGUUAGCAACGAUGAGAAGGCAAAAGGACUACAAUUCUAUCCUUUGCAACAUGAGAUUGAUGUUUCAUCUGAACCAAUAAGAAACCUCGAUUUUUUGCAAUUGAAAGCCACGCUGAUGGGAAAAGUUGAGUGUUUGCGGGAUUCGGACUGCAGUCAAGCAUCUGUUACUCUCAAAAUUCUCGAUGGAGCCACUGUUAAGACCAUACAAACCAAAGAUAGAAAAUACAAAUUCUCGAACAUCUUGCCUGGUCAGUACGAAGUAUUGAUAGACACUGAUGUAUUCUGUUGGGAAAAUCCAAGUCAGAGAAUUUUUGUAACCUCUGAAUUCGCUGAGGUGCCAACAUUCAAGCAGAUCGGCUUUUCAAUAACUUUCAUCUCUUCGCACGAUACCGCUGUCGAGUUUUCUGACUUGAAGAGUUCACAGAAAGUUUUAUUAAAACUUUCUAAGGGAAGUACAAGGCAUUGUACAUCGGCACCUGGUGAAUACCGGUUUGUACCAAAAAGUUGUCACGUUUAUCCAAGAUCCGAAUACACUUGGGAUACGAACAGCUUGGCUCCUGUUAUAUUGUCAUCGACAGAGCACAGUCACAAGGGGAACAUCAUUAGCACAGACGUAGUGGAUGGGCUCAAGGUGAAAAUCGAGCAUGCUGAAGAUCCGUUGAUUCUAGGACCUUUAAACUAUGUUAAAGAAGGAAACAGUUAUAAGUAUAAAUUUGAAUUCAACGCAAAUACUGAUAAUGAAUACAUCGUGACACCCUUGUCGGAAAUUCUCCUGUUCAGCCCCUCGUCUUUAAUUGUUAUUGGAGAAAACGAUUGCAGGGAUAAUGUUGCUUCAUUUAUUGGUGACAUGGGAAAGGUAAUAAGUGGCAGUAUUCUACCACCGCUGGACGGAGUGAAAAUUCAAAUAUUUGGUAAAGACAAAACUGCGCCAGUUCAAACGCUGGUUACACAAUCGGAUGGAAAUUACAGAGUUGGUCCUCUUGACGGAAAAGUUGAUUACAGCGUUACUGCAGAAAAAGACGGCUAUAUCAUUACAGGACCUGAUGCAAGUGGCAAAUUCAUGGCCCAUAAACUCGCUGAGGUGAUUGUGUUUGUCUCAGAUCAAGCCGACCAUCAGCCAUUGCAGGGUGUGCUGUUAUCGUUAUCUGGGGGACAAAAUUAUCGUAAAAAUAGUAUAACAGGCGAAGAGGGACAGUUAGUAUUCAAUUCAUUGUCUCCUGGUGAAUAUUACCUACGGCCAAUGAUGAAAGAAUAUCGAUUUGAUCCUCCAUCGAAGAUGAUUAAUGUGGCAGAAGGAGCAACUGUCAAAGUUGAAUUGUCUGGUAACAGAGUUGCAUUUAGUGCCUAUGGAGUUGUAACCUCUUUGAACGGACAACCAGAACAAGGCUUGUUGGUCGAAGCUGUUGGGCAGACGGACUGCGCCUCGUACCAGGAAGAAGCAACAACUGAGGAGAAUGGAAAGUUUCGGAUCAGGGGUCUUCAACCUUCUUGUAUUUAUGCGAUUCGUUUGAAGCCCAAUGUGGAAGCAAAUCUUCACGUCCAGAGAGCCACGCCAAGCUCUGUGGCCGUUCAAGCUACAGAAGACAUCCAUGGCAUACGUCUGAUUGCUUUCCAUCCAAUUUUGCGGACGGAUCUUUCGGUUCACAUUGACGCUGCUCACCCGGAACACUAUCGAACGCUGAGGGUGAAGCUGUGCAGAGAAGACAUACCUGAUUCACCGAUACACGUUGUGAAAUUGGACACUCAACAUGCAUCGAAAUUGGGAAAUAGUUACAGUGCAGGAUUUCUCAUUCAUUUCCCCCCAUUGCAAGCUGACAACAAGAAAUACUUUGUACAGUUAGAAUCGUCGUUGUCACAGACACUGCAUAAAUACAAGACCAUACCAAUAUAUUUUGAAGCGAAUUCAUCCUUCAAACACGUGAAGUUAUCAUUCCAUGCUGAAAGAAAAGUCGACCAAGGUGACGUGAAUCAAACCUCUGUAGUUGCAUUGCCAUUGAUUAUGCUGGUAGCACUGGCUUUUUUGAAUCGUGAAAAAUUGUGGAACAAUCUCACCACGUUAGUUGAAAAUUGGACCAAACCUGUGCCAAUUUCUAGAUCGCCGGUUCAAACUGUUCCCGUUGAUCCAAGAGCUGAUGAUAUCAUCGUUGAGCAAAUAAUGAACAUUAAUAAAAGGAAAGUUAAACCACGGAAAAUGUAAUUUCAGUGAGAAUUGUGAUGUGUAUAUUUUGUGAAUUUAAGUAAACUGAAUCCAAUGUAGAUGAAGUGAUGGUCAAAGUUCGUGUAAAUGACACCUCACUCCUAGAAUAAAAUAGUAAUAUCAGUUAGGUACCAUUUGUUCGCUAUGUAUACUUACUACAUUGGUUACAGUUAACACUGCACCGAGAGAGAGUUUAGCGAAAUGUUGAAACAGAAUUCUCAUGGCUUGUAACACAAGCACAGUAAGCACAGCACUAAUUCUAAUUAUUGGUCUUAGAAUGCUGGGAUAGAAUUUUCAAAUCUGACUAAGGCUUUCAACUUCAAAAUGACAUUGAGAAUUGAUUAAGCAGAUUAGACAACAGAUGGCGUUGCUUGAAUUUAAAUACUUUUCAUUAGCUCGAUUUUAAAAAUUUCUAUUUCUUGCUUUUAUUAUUAAGUUGAAAGUGAAAGCCAGGUUAUGGCUCUGCCAAAAUUUACAAAUUUUCGCUUCACAUUCCAAAUGAAAUUUCAAGGUGUUGCACAUAUUUGCAUUUUUACCUUGUGACAAUAUUGGUAUUUUUAAAUUCAUAAGACGCCAUCUGGCGCCAGAGAGCACGUAACACUAACUGUUAUAGCUGGCACAUUUAAUUAUAAUAUAGGCUUAUUAAGUCUAUGAAUUAUCAA